UCGCUCGCCUUUUUUCCCCGUCUCUCUCUGUCCGCGACGCAACGCAACGUUUUGGUUCCUUGCUUUCGUCUCGUCUUCCUCCUCUUCUUCCCUCUCGCGUCGUCGUUGUUGCCGAUCCGCGAGGGAUGGUCGACACGAGGCGGAGCGCCGCGGCCAAGCGCCCGGCGGACGGCGAGGCGGAGGAGGAGGUCAAGGGGUCGCCGCCGCCGCCGGAGCAGGCGGGGCCCGAGCCGGCGGAGGCCCAGACGUCCGGAGGGCGCAGGGCCGGCAAGCGCGCCAAGGUCGCGGCGGUCGAGGAAGAUACCACGAAGGCGACGGCGACGGCGACCGCGGGUGCCGCGGCAGAUGGGGCUGAGGCGGCUGUUGUCGGCGGUCCGACGGUCGCACCACCGGACACCACUGGGCUCCAGGCGCUGACCGGCGCGAUGGACAGACUGGAGGCCUUUCUGAGGUCCGGGGAGGCGGCGUCGAAUUCAGAUGGGCAUAAACGUGGCGCUAAUGAUAAAGAUUUAUCAGCAAUGUUGAAGAGGGCCAAGGAUUUGUCGGCCAAGGCGACCUCGAAUAAACGCCAGGCCGCAGUUGGCAACAGGCGGCUCGAGCCCUGGUGCAGACUAAUCUCCCAGUAUGCCACGGAUCCUUCCCUUCCUAUUCAUACCUCCUAUUUCACUGUUGGUUAUGGAGCGCAUUAUGAUUUGAGACUGGGCGAGUCAUCUACUAGCUCACUUGUUUGUAGACUGAAGCACGGUACUAAGCGAGGUGCUCUCCUUGAAAUCAAUGAGCCCAAAGUUGUUCGUGUAAAUGGAAAGGCUUUGGACAAAAAUGCUAAAGUUACCUUGAGUGGUGGGGAUGAAAUUGUCUUCAUUUCACCUGUGAGGCGUGCCUAUAUAUUUCAGCAACAUCCGCAGGAUAAAGCAAGCACUUCAGCGUUUUCCUCUACUUGCAGUAGUAUUCAUCAGGGGCAACAUUCACUUAUCAAAGAUAUACAGGAUCAUUUGUCAUCUAAAGGACCCAAAGUACCAUCCUUCUACUUUGGUAAAAGCCGACCUCCAUUGACUCCGUUGAUGCCUAUUGGAUCAUCAGCGGAUCCAGAUAUAUUUAGUAGUCUGUGUAAAACAAUGGAGGACCACCCUAACUCUGAAGAAAAUACACUGUCUGCCCGGUCUCAACUAUUAAAGGAGGAUCUGCAAAAUGCAACUUGUGAUGCUAAUGACAUAUCCGAGUCAUUUGAGAGUUGUCCAUAUUAUCUAAGCGAGGAUACCAAAUGUGCUCUCCUGUCGUCAGCAUAUGUGCAUUUACAAUGCAAAGAAUAUAUCAAGUUUACCAAACAUAUAUCUUCUCUCGGUCAACGAUCUCUGCUAGCCGGUCCUGCAGGAACUGAGAUCUACCAACAAUAUCUGGUGAAGGCACUUGCAAAACAUUUUGGUGCUAACUUGCUCACCGUAGAUUCUUCAAUGCUGUUUGGUGGGCAGAUCUCCAAGGAUUCAGAGUCAUACAAAAAGGGUGAUAGAGUGCGGUACAUUGGUUCAUUACAGCCGACAGGCAUGAUCCUGGACGGACAAAGCCCUCCAGAUUUCGGCUCACAAGGUGAAAUAUAUCUCCCUUUCGAAGAAAAUAAAUCAUCAAAGGUUGGGGUAAGGUUUGAUAAACAAAUUCCUGGAGGCAUUGAUCUUGGAGGCAAUUGUGAAGUCGAACAUGGUUUAUUUUGUUCAGUUGAUUCUUUAUGCCUCGACAGUCCAGGAUGGGAAAAUAGAUGUAAACACCCAUUUGAUGUGAUUAUUGAGUUUAUCUCCGAAAAAGUCCAGCUUGGUCCUCUGAUCCUGUAUCUGAAGGACACAGAAAAAAUAUGUGGAAAUAAUGAUUCUUAUUAUGGUCUGAAAAGCAAGCUAGAACAUUUCCCAGCAGGUGUUUUUAUUGUUGGUUCUCAUAUCCAGCCUGACAGUCGCAAAGAGAAGGCAAAUGCUGGAUCUCCUUUCCUUUCAAAGUUCCCAUACAGUCAAGCAAUACUUGACCUUGCAUUGCAGGACAUAGAUCGCAUAAAUGAUAAAAACAAGGAAAUGUCGAAGGCGAUGAGACAUCUGACAAAGCUUUUCCCAAAUAAAGUUACAAUCCUGCCACCACUGGAUGAAAUUGAGCUUUCGCGAUGGAACCAGAUGUUAGAUCAAGAUGUCGAAGUUCUUAAAGCAAAUGAUAAUACUUCAAAGCUACGCUCUUUUCUAACACGGAUUGGCAUGGAAUGCACUGAUCUUGAGACAAUUUGUGUCAAAGAUCGUAUCCUUACAAAUGAAUGUAUUGAUGCAAUAGCUGGUUUUGCUUUGAGCCAUCAACUGAAGCACUGUCCAACUACAAACCCAGAUCCUUCAAGUGAUUUACAGUUUUCCCUAUCUUGUGAAAGCCUUAAGCAUGGAGUUGAUAUGUUGGAAAGUAUCCAAUCGGGCCCUAAGAGCAGCAACAAAAGGAAGUCACUAAAGGAUAUUACCACGGAAAAUGAAUUUGAAAAGAGGCUUCUUGCCGAUGUUAUUCCUCCAGACGAAAUAGGUGUUACCUUUGAGGACAUCGGAGCAUUGGAAAGUGUGAAGGAGACAUUGAAGGAGUUAGUGAUGCUGCCCUUGCAAAGGCCUGAAUUGUUUUCCAGAGGACAACUUAUGAAGCCAUGUAAAGGAAUAUUACUUUUUGGUCCGCCUGGCACGGGAAAGACGAUGCUUGCGAAAGCUGUGGCAACAGAGGCUGGUGCUAAUUUCAUAAACAUAUCAAUGUCAAGCAUCUCCUCGAAGUGGUUUGGUGAAGGAGAGAAGUACGUGAAAGCUGUGUUUUCACUGGCAAGCAAAAUUUCUCCAUGCGUCAUCUUUGUAGAUGAAGUUGAUGGCAUGUUGGGUAGACGUGAGAACCCUGGAGAACAUGAAGCCAUGCGCAAGAUGAAAAAUGAGUUCAUGGUGAACUGGGAUGGUCUACGAACAAAAGAUAAAGAACGUGUUUUAGUCCUCGCUGCGACUAAUAGGCCAUUUGACCUUGAUGAAGCUGUCAUUAGGAGGCUUCCAAGGAGGUUGAUGGUGAAUUUGCCUGACGCAUCAAAUAGAAGGAAAAUUCUUAGCGUUAUACUAGCAAAAGAAGAUUUGGCAGAUGAUCUAGACCUUGAAGACAUUGCUAACUUGACAGAAGGGUACUCAGGGAGUGAUCUUAAGAAUCUUUGUGUGACUGCUGCUCAUCUUCCAAUUAGAGAGAUCCUCGAAAAGGAGAAGAAGGAGAGAACUUUGGCAGAAGCAGAAAAUAGACCAUUGCCCCAAUCGUGUUCUACCAAUGACGUCCGUGCCUUGAGAAUAAGUGAUUUCAAACAUGCGCAUGAACAGGUUUGCGCAAGUGUAUCUUCCGAUUCCACUAAUAUGAGUGAGCUUAUUCAAUGGAAUGAUCUAUAUGGAGAAGGUGGAUCGAGGAAAAAGACAACGCUAAGCUACUUCAUGUAGCUGAUGUUGAGAACAUGUACAUACACCAGAAACCUUAGCACAAAGCAGCGGCAAUUGGAUGGAAUUGUGGUAAAAAAAGAGAACUGUGAGCAUCAAGUCAAGAAUGGACGUAUUUGGAGAGCGCAAUUUUGGGGGAUGCAAAUCUGAUCAAUUCUUUGCCUUGAUGUGGGUCGUCCAUUUCUGUGGUUGGUCAAGAUAGUUGACAUGGCCUGCAGCUGCAGGUGCUGCUCUGGUAGUGACUGCAGCACAUCACCAACCGAAGAAAAUAGAUUGCAUUUGUAGCCUCAAUCAUGUUCGGGUUAGACUGUAAUUUAUGGCGUCUGAUAGCGGACCGGUUUGGUCCGCCAUCGUUUUUCAUCAGUUAUUGAGAAGAAUCAUUGUUUAGCUUGCAAGUUGUAGAGCCUGUGCAAGUGUACAGUAUGAGCAUCAGGCCAAUUAACUUAUUAUUGUUGUCAGGUCAAGGCAAUAUUCAUUUUAGUAACAAGAAUAAUUUAGUACGUUUGCAUGAUUGUUUUGGUCUUGUAUUGUAACCAUCUUCGUCUACUUCUCUUGCAUCAUAGUAUCGCAGAUUCUGGCUGUUUACUUUUCUA